AUGAUGAAAGAAUCUAUCCCUAUAUCCUCAAAUAAAGCCAGCAACAAAAGUAAGAGCAUAAUUGGACUGGUAGAUGGUGAACCUGAGGAUGGAAAUAAAACAGGAAAGAAGAAAAACCUUGGAAUAAAAAUGGAAUCACCAAACCUGCAUCAAGAUAAAAAGUCCUGCAGUUGGAAGAAAAUUAAGACAGUACCUACUCUGCCCAUAUUUCUGAAGUUCCAGGCUGUCAAAUACAAGGUAGUUAUGAACAAGAGAAGAAGCUCGGAUGCUCAGAAGUACAUACUCUAUGGGAUUACAGGUUCAGGAUUUGAAGACACAAAUCCAACUGAGCCUGAUCAACGGUUGCGAGAAACCUGUAAGAAGGAUGCAAAGGCUCUGUUCCUCAUUCAACAAGCCCUUGAUGAAGAAAUUUUUCCAAGAAUUGCAGCAGCUAGCACCUCCACUCAAGCAUGGGAGAUUCUGAAGCAAGAAUUCUUGGGCGACAAGAACGUAAUUACUAUUAAAUUACAGACUCUUGGUCAUGAUUUUGAAACAUUGGCCAUGAAAGAAAAAGAAUCUGUGCAAGUAUUUUUAUCUAAGGUGUCUAGGAUUGUUAAUCAUAUGAAGUCAUAUGGUGAAAGUAUUAGCAAUGAAACUGUUGUGAGUAAGGUUUUGAGGAGCCUAACCUCAAAAUUCUAUCAUGUAGUUGCUGCAAUUGAAGAGUCUAAGGACUUGUCUACUUAUACUUUUGAUGAAUUAAUGAGUUCUCUAUUAACCCAUGAAACUAGACUGAGAAUAUCCUAUGAAAAGGUUGAGGAGAAGGGUUUUCAUGUUAAGGGGGAGUCUUCCUACAAGGGAAAGUCAGAAAAUUCUGGAGGCCAGGGACAGAGCAGAGGUUGUCAAGGUCGUGGUGGCGGCAGAGGAAGAGGCCAAUUUGGUGAUCAACGCCAACACAAAAGCACCAUCCAAUGCCAAUAUUGCAAGAAAUUGGGUCACAAAGAAGUAGAUUGUUGGACCAAGCAGAAACAAACCAAUUUUACAGAGAAAGUUGAAGAGGAGAGUAAGCUAUUCAGGGCUCAUUCUCCUAUUGAUAAUGCUUCCAAUGGAGUUUGGCUUCUGGAUAGUGGAUGCUCCAACCAUAUGUCCAGAACAAAGUCUCUUUUUAAAGAACUUGACGAGUCACAAAAAAGUGAAGUUCGACUCGGAGACAACAAGCAAAUGCAAGUUGAAGGAAAAUGUACAAUUGCCAUCAAAACCUCACAAGGUAAUGUAAAACUCCUCCAUGAUGUGCAAUAUGUUCCUAAUUUAGCUCAUAAUUUGUUGAGUGUUGGGCAAUUGAUGGAUGGUGGAUACUCUAUUUUGUUUGAUGAUGGUUGUUGUUCUGUCCAAGAUAAGAAAAAGGGCAUAAAAUAG